AAAAAAAAAAAAAGGUGGAAUAAUUGGAAAAAAGGGGGAUAAUGGCAUAAUGCUCUUGUGAGCAGAGAGCGGGGCUAGCACGAACGAACAACAAGAAUCUUUCUUCGUCGAACCUUGUCUUUGUCUUCAUCUCAAUCGGAUCUGUCCGUUGCCGUCGAUUCUCCCCGCCGUUUUCAGAGGUCAUGGACGUUUCAGCUAGAAAGUCUCAGAAAGCAGGCCGUGAGAAGUUGAGGAGGGAGAAACUGAAUGAGCAUUUUGUUGAACUUGGAAAUGUGCUCGAUCCAGACAGACCCAAGAAUGACAAAGCUACUAUUCUCACUGAUACUCUUCAGUUGCUGAAAGAGCUCACUUCAGAAGUCAACAAACUCAAAUCUGAGUACACCGCUUUGACAGAUGAGUCUCGCGAGCUGACACAGGAGAAAAACGACCUGAGAGAAGAAAAGACAUCGCUCAAGUCAGAUAUUGAGAAUCUCAAUCUCCAAUACCAGCAGAGAUUAAGGUCGAUGUCUCCAUGGGGAGCUGCAAUGGAUCACACUGUCAUGAUGGCUCCACCACCAUCAUUUCCAUAUCCAAUGCCUAUGGCUAUGCCUCCCGGUUCAAUCCCAAUGCAUCAUCCACCAAUGCCAUCUUACACUUACUUUGGCAACCAGAAUCCUAGCAUGAUGCCAGCGCCUUACAUGCCCUAUAUGCCUCCUAAUACCGUCGUUGAGCAACAAUCCGUGCACAUACCACAGAACACUCGUUCCAGGGAACCUAGAGCAAAAGUUUCAAGAGAGAGCAGGUCCGAUAAAGCAGAGGACUCUAAUGACGUUGCAACACAGCUCGAGUUAAAGACUCCUGGAUCUACUUCUGACAAGGAUACAUCACAAAGGCCAGAGAAGAGCAAGAGAUGUAAGAGAAACAGCAACAACAACAACUCUGUCGAAGAAAGCUCUCAUUCUAGCAAGUGUUCAUCUUCUCCGAGCGUCCGAGACAACACUUCUUCCAGUAGCGUAGCUGGUGGCCUAAAACCUGAUGAUGCAAAAUGAAGAUCGAAACGUUUCGAUGAGUAUAUGAUGCGAGUACAAAAACGGGCUCGCUGUCCGAAACAUCGUUUGAUGCUUAGUUCCACAAACACUGCUGAUUUGUAAUCUCGUCUGAUGUUUAUAAUUAUAUAAGUUUAAUAAGGUUUAUAUUCGAAUUAGGCCAGAUUACGUUAAUA